GAAAAAACUGUAUCGUAUGUUUUUUGGUGUCUGAAUCUACAUGAGAGAGAGAGAGAGAGAGAGAGAGAGAGAGAGAAAGAGAGAUUCAAAUUCCAACAUUCCUGGCAAGCAUCACUGCUGCCAUUGACAUCUUUACUUUGUGCUCCAAACGUUGACGUUUUGUCCAGCUUCAACAGAGUGGAGCUUGCAGCUGCCUGGCUGGUUUGGUUGCUUUGGGGCUAGUUGGGUUGAAAGAUCGAAGACCCAGUUGCUUUUUAACGGUAAUGCGGCGACCUUUUUGGUUUUUCUGAGAAUUUUUCAGCUUUCAUUUGGAAUUUGAUAGUUUUUGGGUCCAAAGUUUGUAUCUUUUUAGUCAUAUUGUUGUUGUAGAUCAAGAACUUGAACUUGGGGAAAAAGCUGUUUUUCUUUUGUAAGCUGGGGUUGGGACUUUGUGGCGAGAAGUAGAUUAGAUGGAGGGCUUGGAUUGUUUGGAGGUUGGAUUUUAGUUUCAUAUGAAAUACACGCACUAAUUUCCUGCAAUUGAUGGUAAAAAUGAAGCUUUUGAUGGGGGUCAUACAGAGAAGAAAUUUAGUGGUUUUGAAAUUUUUGGUAUAACGUUCGUUCGAAAGACCGCAAUGUUUUAAUCUGUUUGGAUAGAUUUUGGUCUAUGUUAUAAGAGUUUGUAAGCAGAGGUGGAGUUUGAAAUAAGCUAGAUCAGAUACUGUGUCUGUGUUGAUGGCAUCUAUUCGAAGGACAUUGUCUCCGGUGCCUCGAGUAGGAACUGCACUCAAUGGGGAAACCUGUUCAGUUGCUUCUCCAUUGUCCAAGUCCUCAUUGUGUACUCAGAACUACCCCUCAUCCAAUGGAUUCUUGUCGUCUGUGUCCACUUUGCUCAACCCUUUUGUUCUCAAAGUUUAUUCACCAAGGUCUAAUAGGCCUCUUGAGAAGUCAAAAGACUCAAAACCAAGAUGGCAAACUUGGAGGAGGGCGUUUUGCCAUUUCUUCAUUUGUUUCAUUGUUGGCCUAUUCAUUGGACUUACGCCCUUUGGUUCAAUGAAUUUACCUGCGAAUCUCAUGUCAAAGCAUCAAGACUUAUCCGUUGACAUGUUAUCUUUAGUUGGGUUUCAGUUGCAUGAUACUACAUACAGAAAUAUGACACCAUCAGAAAGGGUGAGAUUGCAGGAGAAUGUUACAGCAGAGUUGCAAGUCAAAGGGCGGGAAGCAAAAGAUGGGACUCCAGAAAAAUCUAUAGAUAAUCGAUUUCUCAUUCAAGAAUCAGAUUUGGAAUCCCGGAAGCUUUUGAUAAUAGUGACUCCAACUUAUGCUCAGUCAUUUCAAGCCUAUAAUCUGAAUCGUAUGAUACACACAUUAAAAUUAACCUCACCUCCAUUGUUAUGGAUCGUUGUGGAGAUGACCUCCCAAUCUGCAGAAACAACUGACAUCUUGAGGAGAUCUGGGAUUAUGUACAUACAUCUUGUUUGCAAUAAAAAUCUUACUGAUGUAAGAGACAAAAGUGUUCAUCAAAGAAAUGUUGCACUUUCUCACAUUGAAACUCACCAUCUUGAUGGAAUCAUCUACUUUGCAAAUGAGGAAAACGUCUACUCCAUCGAUCUUUUUGAGCAAAUGAGGCAGAUCAGGCGGUUUGGGACGUGGACCGUGGAAAAAAUGAUAGGUGGAAAGAUGAAACCUGUUAUUGAAGGCCCCGUUUGUAAUGGAACUCAGGUCAUAGGAUGGCAUGUAACUGAGUCAAAUAGAAGGUUCCAGAGGUUUUAUGCUGACAUAUCAGGAUUUGCCUUCAAUAGUACGAUACUCUGGGACCCUAAAAGGUGGCAUCGACCGACUCUUGAACCCAUUAGGCAGCUCGAUGAAGGCAAUGAUGAUUUCAAGACGAGCACAUUUAUUGAACAAGUUGUCGAAGAUGAAAGUCAGAUGGAAGGUUUAUUGCACGAUUGCUCAAGAAUCAUGGUUUGGCAACAUCACCGUGGAUCAUCUAAUACUUUCUAUCCCUCCAAAUGGAUCACCAAAGAUGGCCUAGAUGUCAUUGCCUCACUUAAGCGAAAUUCUUGAUGUAAAUAGAGUCCAUGUGGAUGGCAAAGUGCAGGAUAGAUUGAUGAAGAUCCACAGAUCGUCUUGCCAGUGAUUAUUAAUCUGGACUACAGUUGAUGUUGGGUCAGAAUGUUCAAAGACUUGAGCAGAUCCAUGUGACCAUUCAACAAAUUGGUUGAGAGUUUUCUCACAACGUUUUCCAGUUGCUAAAACAAAUGCUAUUCCCUAGACUCGGGUGAAAAAUGAUUAUGUGCAGUCGUACGAGAUGCUCAGUUUCCUUCGUAGGCUGCUCUGUUUAACAAGAGAAAAUUUUACUUGUUGAACUAGGGAAGGUUGUCCAAACCGCCAACCGCAAAGUCUUAAAAGGAUGCUGGGAUGCAUCCAUGUCAUUAUCAGCUUAUGUGUUUUUUCCCCUUUGUCAUGGUUUUAGGUCUUACUUGGGUGUCGUUCUUUGUAGAAAAUUUGAAUGAUCAAGUUGAUGUGUUAAGUAACUUCUUCCGCUUCUUUAUUUUGUAUUUGUUUCCUUCAACAAUCUUACUCAUUUUAUG